CUGUCACUACUCACUAUACACCACACACUGGCACACUGCACACUAUUGUCGAGUGUAGGUAUACAAAAUACACGAAUAGACGAUUUGAGACUACAGUAUAGUACAGUAUCUCAUAACAGUCAGACAGUCAGUACUAUAUUAUAGUAGUUGUACACCGACACGCAUACCGUAAGGUUGCGAUACCGUCUACAUUGAUCGUGCGUUACAAUAUUUUAUUUUUCUAGACAUCAAUUCAAAUCAUUAUUUUCACUCUGCUGACUUACAACGAGAUUUGCAAUUUUGCAUAAAUAAUAAUAAUACGACAGUCUUUUUUCAGACAGUUCAAAAAUAUUCUAUACGUCUAUACAAUCCAAUAAAUAAAAAUGACAUCGAUACCGAAAAACGUAAAAUUGCGCCGGGAACUUGGUCUUUUCAGCGCAGUCUGUCUUAUUAUCAGUGUGAUGUUGGGAUCGGGAAUAUUUGUGUCUCCGGCCAAUGCGUUAAAGAACACAGGAUCUGUUGGCAUGUGUCUGGUCAUUUGGAUGUCUUGCGGAUUGUUAUCGCUUUUGGGUGCCAUGUCGUAUGCCGAACUCGGCACGGUUGUCAAUAAAUCGGGAGGUGAGUUCAGUUUCUAUCAGUCUGCAUUCGCCGACAUGCACAAGUUCUGGGGACCUCUGCCCAGUUUCAUAUACUCUUGGGUGAGCAUCAUGUACGUUCGUCCGGCCGAGGUGGCCAUCAUUAUAUUGACGUUUGCCGAAUACUUCAUCCGGCCGUUCAGCAUUUUGAGUUCCAUGACCCCCGAAACCGAACACACCGUGAAGAAGACCGUCAGCAUACUCGCACUUGGUAUCAUAACUUUCAUCAACUACACUAGUGUCAAGUGUUUCAUAAAAAUCCAAAACGUGUUCACUGUGUGUAAAGUCACCGCCUGCAUAGUUGUCAUAGGUGGUGGAGUAUAUCAACUCUACCAAGGAAAUACCAAAAAUUUGAUGACUGGAUUCGAAGGCACAACGUUAUCCAUAGACACACUCCCGAUAGCUUUUUACAGCGGCCUUUGGGCGUAUGAUGGAUGGACGGCUACAACCGUGGUGUCCGAGGAAAUCAAGAACCCUCGAAGGAACAUACUGCUCAGUAUUCUUUUGGCUGUACCGUUUGUCACCAUGAUUUAUGUUCUGAUGAACGUGUCGUACUUGACAGUCCUGUCGGUCGCGGAAAUGACUUCAGUCCAGGCGGUAGCGGUAGAAUUUGGAACUCGAGCACUGGGAAGUUUUAGUUUUAUAAUUCCACUCGGCGUAGCAACGGCGACUUUCGGCUGUGCGCUCAGUGUCCAAUUCGGAAUUACCAGGUUGUGCUUUGCCGCGAGUAGAGAAGGUCAAAUGUUGGAAGUCUUCUCUUACGUGAGCGUAAAAAAGCUGACGCCCGCUCCCGCUGUUGUUUUACAGGGUUUGCUCACGUUAAUUUGUCUGUUGUGUGGAGACAUUGUGGUGUUAAUAGAGUUCGCUAGCUUCUUAGUGUGGAUGUUCUACGGUAUCUCCAUGGCGGCAUUGUUAGUGAUGCGUUAUACCAAGAGAGACGUUAAACGUCCAUUCAAAGUACCAAUCAUCAUUCCAAUAUUCGUGCUCAUCGUGUCCACCGUUUUGUUCAUCACACCCAUUCUCAACGAUCCCAAGCCACAGUUCCUCAUUGGUCUUGUGUUCAUCCUGUCGGCGUUUUUGAUAUACAUUCCAUUUGUGUACCAGAAAAAGAGGUUAUCGAUAGUCGAUAACUUCACGAAGUUUAUUCAAGUAUUAAUGGUGGUUGUGCCGCCAGAGAAAGAUGAAGAAGAUGCUGAGGAAAAUUGCAACGUGAAAGAUAACGAAGGCGAAACUGAGGCACCUAUGAUCGCCGCGGUGGUAUGAAGACCACCUUAAUAUAAUAUAUUAUAGGCCUCAAUAACAAGUUUUCCGGUUGGUUUUACACUCAUUACUAUACAAUAUUAAUUAAUAAUGAUUAUAAUAUACACGACUGUGGAAACGGAAUUCUAGUUUAAUAUUAAUUUUACGUCGUAGCCACGCGACACGUAAGUGGCGAGUCUGUGAUAUUAGGAUUAACAAUUGUAUAUAGUCUGUAUAUAUUAUAUAACUAUCGUGGAAACAGUCGUAUAUUACGUUAAGCAUAACGCCAAUUAAAAUUUCAUUAAGGAUAAUUUUUUUAUAUAAUAGAUUUUUUAAUUUAUUCAUUUCUUGUAUUAUUAUUAUUAUUUAUUAUAUUUCGUUUUUAUAAUAUUUAUAAAAAAGGUUUUCGCCUGUGUCCUCUGUAUAUUUACCAAUUACUGAUAAUUGUCUGUAUAUGCAUAGUAUUAUAUACUAAUAUUAUAAUAUAUAAGCCACGUGAUUCGAAUUAUUAUAAUGAUUUUAUUAUGAUUUUAUUGAAAUUUUUUAUU